GCCUCCGCGCAGUCGGGGGGAUGGGAUGGGAUGGAGGGGAGCGGAGUCACAGCACCUGCCCAAGCGGGGCGGGGCGUCAUCCUCGACAGGAACCGCCCCGGACCCGCCCUCCCGGCCGCCCCGUCGGGAAACCCACGAGCAGCUCGGCGGUAGCGGCGGCGGCGGCUCUGCCUCGGCGCGGUAGGAUGUGGUCAGAACCUUGAGGAACUGCAGGUUCCAGAGAGAACACUUUAGACAGCCAGAUUGGAUCCAGAGAGCAGAUGCUCAAGAGGACUUCGGUUUGACCCAAGGUCUCUCUCUUUCUCUGGGAGAAAUAAAAAAGACAAAGGUGUCCACCUCUACCAGGGACCACGGGAAGUGCCUGGAUGAGGGUGCUGGAGUGACGGACGGGUGACUCCAGGAGGCCUUCCUGGAGGAGGUUGAGCCCCAGGCUUGGUUACCCUGGCUUAUCAAGCUAUUUCCAAAGUGAGGCAUAAGACUUGGAGCCGACCCUGCCGGGGUCCCAGUUGGGAAGAUGAGGUUCCUUCGAAGGCGCCACAUGUCACUGCGCCUCGCCAUGCUGGGCAGCAUCUUCAUGCUCUUCCUCUUCAUCAGGCAGAAGGACGUAAGCAGCCAGGAGCAGGCCAUGGAGAAACCGUGGCUGAAGUCCCUGGCGGGCCAGAAAGACCACGUCCUGGACCUCAUGCUAGGUGCUGUGAACAACAUUAGGGACGCCAUGCCCAAGCUACAGAUCAGGGCUCCAGAACCCCCACAGACUCCGGUCUCCACAAACCACUCCUGCCUUCCUGGGUUCUAUACCCCUGCUGAGCUGAAACCCUUCUGGGAUAGGCCACCACAAGAUCCCAACAGCCCUGGGGCAGAUGGAAAAGCAUUUCAGAAGAGAGAAUGGACCAAUCUAGAGACCCAAGAAAAGGAAGAAGGCUAUAAGAAACAUUGCUUUAAUGCCUUUGCCAGCGACCGCAUCUCCUUGCAGAGGUCCCUGGGGCCAGACACCCGGCCUCCUGAGUGUGUUGACCAGAAGUUCCGGCGCUGCCCGCCAUUGCCCACCACCAGUGUGAUCAUUGUGUUCCAUAAUGAAGCCUGGUCCACUCUGCUGCGCACAGUGUACAGUGUCCUGCACACCAGCCCUGCCAUCUUACUGAAGGAAAUCAUCCUGGUGGAUGACGCCAGCACAGAUGAGCACCUGAAGGAGAGGCUGGAGCAGUAUGUUCAGCAGCUGCAGAUCGUGCGUGUGGUUCGACAGCAAGAGCGGAAGGGGCUCAUCACAGCCCGGCUGCUGGGAGCCAGCGUGGCGCAGGCUGAGGUGCUCACGUUCCUGGAUGCCCACUGUGAGUGUUUCCACGGCUGGCUGGAGCCCCUCCUGGCUCGAAUUGCUGAAGACAAAACAAUGGUGGUGAGCCCAGACAUCGUCACCAUCGACCUUAAUACAUUUCAGUUCUCCAGACCAGUACAGAGAGGCAAAGCCCACAGCCGUGGCAACUUCGACUGGAGCCUGACCUUCGGCUGGGAGAUGCUCCCUGCACACGAGAAGGAGAGACGCAAGGAUGAGACCUACCCCAUCAAGUCCCCCACGUUUGCCGGCGGCCUCUUCUCCAUCUCCAAGGCCUACUUUGAGCACAUCGGUACCUAUGAUAACCAGAUGGAGAUCUGGGGAGGGGAGAAUGUGGAAAUGUCCUUCCGGGUGUGGCAGUGUGGGGGCCAGCUGGAGAUCAUCCCCUGCUCUGUGGUGGGCCACGUGUUCCGUACCAAGAGUCCCCACACCUUCCCCAAGGGCACCAGUGUCAUUGCACGCAAUCAGGUGCGCCUGGCUGAGGUCUGGAUGGAUGACUAUAAGAAGAUUUUCUACAGGAGAAAUCUGCAAGCAGCAAAGAUGGUCAAGGAGAACAACUUCGGUGACAUUUCGGAGCGACUGCGACUCAGGGAACAGCUACACUGCCACAACUUUUCCUGGUACCUGCACAAUGUCUACCCGGAGAUGUUUGUCCCUGACCUGAACCCCACCUUCUAUGGAGCUAUCAAGAAUCUCGGCACCAGUCAGUGUCUGGAUGUGGGUGAGAACAACCGUGGAGGGAAGCCUCUCAUCAUGUAUGUCUGCCACAACCUCGGAGGCAAUCAGUACUUUGAGUACACAUCCCAGAGGGACCUCCGCCAUAACAUUGGGAAGCAGCUGUGUCUACACGCCAGUGGAAGCACCCUGGGCCUUAGGAGCUGUCAGUUCGUUGGCAAAAAUAGCAAAGUGCCCAAGGACGAGGAAUGGGAACUGACCCAGGACCAACUCAUCAGAAACUCAGGAUCUGGUACCUGCCUGACAUCCCAGGACAAAAAGCCAGCCAUGGCCCCCUGUAAUCCCAGUGACCCCUACCAGCUCUGGCUGUUUGUCUAGGCCUGGGGUCAUCCCCAGUGCAGGCCCAACAAGCCCUCCAGGUGGUAGGGUCACCAGGUAUCUGGGGGCCCCCUCCCCCAGAUCCUCCGGAGGCCCGAGAGUUGGAUUUUUAAGCCCAGUGGCCACCAAGGCAGGACAUUCUUCUUGCAACAACACUGGUUCCCAUUUCGUUCCUCAAUGUCACUGGAGAGACCAGGAGAUCACAUGGAGGUCACAUACUCUGUGGCCCAAGGCUUUCCUCCUCUCUAGAGACUGAGGCCUCCAGAGCAGCCUGCAGCCUGAAAGUGUGUCCUGCAGAGGGACUGGAAGGGCAGAGACCCUCUCCUGUUAACAGACCCCGGCAGGAAACCGUCUUGAUGUACACAACGUACCUUCAUCCUAUGCCAUUUGUACAGUUAUCUGUGGAAGACACAGGAAGGAGCCAUCCAUUGAGAAGGUUUAGACCAGCUGGAGUAUAUACAGUUCAGGGAAAGGCCCUAGGUUUGACCCCUUAGCACCACAGAAAACAGCAAAGGAGAUCAAGAGAGGAAGGGAGGCAGAGAGGGACAGAGGGAGGCAGAGAGAGGCAGAGGGGGAAGAGGAAGGCAGAGAGGGAUGGAGGGAGGCAGAGGGCUUUUCUGCAGUCACACAGCUGGCAGGUGGUUCAAGCUGGGGCUGAGUCCCCAUCUUUGGUGCUGUACCAGGGCUCCUUCCAGCAUUCAAGGACACUAGAGAAUGAGCUGCCAGCCAUGCCAUUUCCUGACCCCUCUCUGAUCAUUCUGGCUGGCCGGCUCUCCUCCAGAAAACCAGGUAGCAAGAUGGGAGACUACAUUGAAAUCCUGGACUGUUAGUUCUGAACUGGAAAAAAGUUCAUGGGCUCAGAUAGCUGGUGAGUCUCAAGCCCAAAGCCCCUUUGUUCUAAGCCAUAGAUGAGGAGGUUAAAAAGCAAAGCAAGAUCUAGGCAUGAAGGACCAGGUCUAUAGUCUCGGUACUCAGAGACUAACUACAGCAUCAAGGUCUUAAGUCCAAGGCCAGGCUGGGCUUCAGGAUUAGACUUUUCUCAAAAGCAAUAAAAAAUAACAUGGAGAAUAUGAAGGGAUCUGCCUUGCAGCCUCUGAACUAAGGUAUCUCCCCGCCCCCCUUACACUUAUUCCUCAGUAGAAACUAGAUAGGUGUUUUGUCCAAGGUCACCUAGCAAGAUGUUUGGCAGCUCCGAGCCCAGACCCAAGAUAAGGCUAGUCAGAGUCCUGGCAAGUCUGAGGGGUCUGGGACAGCGUGCAGUUGCCUGGAGGGCUAAUCCCAUCUGCUUGCCUGAGUGCCCUGUGCCCAGCCAAAGAGUUGUGAUCCAGGGUGGGAAGAGGCAAGAGAGGCUGAUUGGGGACCUGGUGGAAAUAAAGGUUUUAUGGUAUUGGUAAAA